CUCACCGCCGUCUCUCUGCCUUUGUCUUGUUGCUGAGCGAGAUCCAGCUCGUUCAUCAAUACUUUAAAUAAGGAAAAUAUCCUAUUUCACCUUCAGCGUGGACCAUCGAGAGAGCAGGCAGACAAAGAUAAACACCCCCUCUUCCCGGAAGUCCUGCGUGUUCAUUGAGUCACCAUAGUAACCCUCUCCUGGGAUUUCAGGAACGAUUGGCUAAUUGUGGGGAAACAUUCUUGGCAUUGGCUUACAUUUUGGACUCGCACACGCUGAUGUCAGAAUGUAUCACUGUGUUUGACACACAGAAAGAGAGACAGGUGUAUGUGUGUGCAGUUUCUUUAUAUGCAGGUUUGUGGGAGUUUGUUGGCACUUCAGGAAUUUCUGAGACACUGAAAGGGAGAAAGAGGGAACAAGAGAUAACAUCCUGUCUUCCAGCUUGAUGGUAUUUUAAGUGGACGGUCAGUCAGAGUCGAGCUCAGUCUUAUUUUGGUGGAUGUGGGGGUUCAGUAAAUCCUCAGGCCGUUGAUGGAUGUAUGUGCUGCUAGCUGAUGACAGAGUUUAGGGUUUCCUGAAUAAAUAGCAUACAUGAUGCAUCUAUUGGAACAUCAUAUCUAUUCUGGUUUUAUUACUUGUUUUCGGGGCUGCAUAUCAAACCUAAAUGUUUUUUGGCAACUGAAAUAUGUUAUAGCACCCGGUAAUAUCAAAAGCUGGGCAACUUUAGAAAGCAUCUUAUGUAGGUGAAGUUCUUGCACCGCUGAUUGCGUUUUAACAUUCAACAUUUGAAAAGCUUCUUUUAUUAAAUGCAAAAAAUAUGAUUUGUAGAACAAAAUGUAAGGUAUAAGCCUUUGGUUUCAUAUUGGCAAACAUUUUAAAUAAUAGCAAACCCUACUUUUUGGACUAUGCAAGGAAUUCAAUCAGUCGUUAACCAAAUACUAAUGUCUUAAUGUCUAGGUAAACAGAUACAUUUUUACAAUUAAAAACAGCUUUAUUUUCAACAGCAUUUACAGUUCUUAACUAGGAAAAGUAAACUCCUCAUCAAUUUAUUGUCUGUAGUGGUGACACUGAAAGGUUUGGCUUGGUGACAUAACAGAAAAUAAACCCGGGUUCUCCAGUUUCAGGUGUUAGAUGGCACAUGGAUAUAAGCACAACUCUACAAACCUUUAGUUAGAAGGAACACUUUGAAUUCGGUAUGCUUCAGAAAGAAUGUUUGCAUAAAGGAAGAAGACCUAGUUAUUUAUACUUAUAAUACUUAUAAAAGUAUUGUUUGAUUGUCGUGAAUCAUCUCUUUAUGUGUGAAGCUCUUGGAGUCUUGAUGAGAGGUGGGCGGUGCUGCGAACAAGAUUAUUUUGGGCUGUCAGGCCUUUGGACUGCUGAGCGAGCAGGGGGUGGCCAAAAACAGCUCAGAGGAGCGAGGGAAGAAUAGCCGAACAGAGAGAAGGACAGAGGGUGUGAGAGGAAACAUUCGAGCGGCAACCAAAAUGGCCAGUAAAGUGAUGGACCUGAUCUACUGGAAGGACAUGGAGCGAACAGGCAUGAUCCUAACAGGGUUAGUGGUCGGCCUGCUGUCCCUGUUCCAGCUCAGCAUCAUCACGGUGAUUUCCACAGUCUCCCUGGCUGUCGUUUGCUUCACCAUCUCAGUGCGCAUCUACUAUCAAGUCCUCUACAUCCUCAACUGGGGCAAUGGAGAACAUCCCUUCAAGUCAUACUUGGACCUGGACAUCAGUUUCAGUGGAGAGGAGGCUGACCUCUAUAUGCAGAAAGCCAUCGUCAUGGUCCUGUCUGCUGUCGACUCUCUGAAGGGACUCUUUUUUGUUAAAAACCUCUUGGAGUCCAUCAAGUUGCUGGUUCUGGUGUACCUUGUGACGUACCUGGGAGACCUGUGCAAUGGCCUUACUCUGUUCAUCAUCAUUGUGAUCGCACUUUUUUCUCUGCCACUUUUCUACAGACAGCGCCAGGAGCAGGUGAAUCUCUUCUUUGCAAAAAUCCAGGCCAAAAUUGACAACCUUAAGGACACCUUUCAAAGGCUUGCCCAGGGUGGUGGCCCUCCUCCUGACCCAACUCCUGGUGGCGCCAAACCAAAAACCCAGUAAACACUGAUGGACAAGAACUUAAAGAAAAGCUCCCAGAGUUGCAGGCUGUCACUCAGAUGUCUUACCCAGCAGUCUGUGCUCAGAGCUCCAGAGACUUGGGAAGGGAAGGGAGGUUACUUAAACUGACAAUGAUGAAGAUCACACAUUUAUACUCUCACUGUAUCUAAGUGAUGGGGGUUGGAGGUUGGGGUUUGGGUUAUAAGUUAAUCAAGGUGUAUGACUCCUGGAUGAGACUCUUGCUGCUGACAUCAGAAAUGGAAAAAUUAAACGACACAACUUGUCGUAUGUGACCAUCCUUGGAAAUAUUAAAUUUUUUUUAAUAUGUACAAAUGACUCAAGGAGUGUCUUAGAUGGUUGAGAGCUGUAGUCCAAAUGAGGAACUAAGACCAGGAAUGGGAAGUUCCCACACGGCUAUACUCACCUGAGGAAAGGGAAGUGAGUUGUUAAGGUGAUUAACAGGGGUCAUCAUUAUUCAUGGCAGCAUAAAACUGGCAAUUAAAGAUGCAUGUGUCAGCACAUGCACAUUUUCUGAAUGCAUAUUCAUUCUCAUGACUGUUUCUCUGUGUGUAUGCAAGUGUGUGUGUGUGUGUGUGUGUGUGUGUGUGUGUGUGUGUGGGGGGGGUACGUGUAAUUCCUGACAUAUGCAGCUUGCUGAAAUGAAAAUGUUAAUUACAAGCAAUUAAAGUCACAUUUCUUCUUUAUUUUCCUGAGCUUUCUGUGUUCCUUCUCACCGGCACAGGCAUUCACUUUCAUUCACACGAUCAUUCAUUUGAGUUUUUUUUCUUUCUUCCCCUGCUCAUGUUUUCCUCAUGUUUCUUGCGUACACCACUGGGAAGUUGUAACAGAAUAUUCAGAGGGAUAGAGAUAGAGUAUUCCGCUACACGUUCAAUAGUUAAGACAUAUUAUAGAUGGAAGGGAAGCACUUGAGAGGAAUGGAUUGAUGAUACAAAAAGCGCUCCGAUUUCAGACAGAUAUCCUCUCUGAGCUCUUAAUGUGAUUCUGUCCAGCCUUGUGAAGGGAUGUGGGAGUGAAAUAUACAGCAGGUGCCUUUCUAACUGCAGGUUAUUGUGCAUGAUCUGAUCCACAGUACUUACAACUGCUAACAACAGCUUACAGAGACUUCUCCUCCCAAACAAACCACUUCUCAUCACCUUCCAUUGCCUUCCUGAGAAUGAUGUUUUGUAGGUGUACAAUACUUGUGUGAUGUGCACCAUGACAAGGUAACACAGAAUUGUGAGUAGAUGCAUUUUAGGAAUAAUAAAAUGAAUCAGGAUA